CUAACCAAGGUGGCUGGCACAAACACAUCGCAGUGGAGCUCAUGUACAGCCCCGUCCUCUCCUGAGUAUCAUCUGCUUAUAUCGUGAAUACUCCAUCAUAUUAAUACUGCGGUUUCAUGUACUAAGCUUGCAGCUUUGCGGCGGCACACCGGUUGUCAACACCAGUUAUGGUUAGCUUCGACUAUUUAUGGAAGUUCGGGGAGGAUGAGCUCGUAUGGUGAGUGAGCUGGCGAACUGACCACCAACUAGUGCGUUUGAUCUUCAAACGUGGUCGUUCUUGUUAGCACUGUUUGCCCGUCAGGAUGUGGCUUGGGUUCGGUCCGAGGAAGGAUUGAGGAAAAACGACCAAUCUGGCGGCGCUUUGCGUUUUAAUUCCUGGUGUAAUUGCCCUGACAUGGCGUGUUUGCCGGUCGUUGGAGGUUCAGAUCGACGCCCUUGUGUGGGUUUGUUGUGGAGGCUGGCUGGAGCUGACAGCUCUGGUUACCGUGCUAAGCUAAUGUUGGAAGGGCGUUGCUGAGCCAUGACUGCAACUUUGUCCUUGUGGACACCGAAGCUCAGAUAGACGUCAACAGAACGACCCGAAACCCGCAGUCGAGUCCGACAUGGAAACCAUUUCAACCGGCUGCAGCCAUCAUCAAGCAUCACCGCUUUUGAGGUGAUGGAUGCGGCCGAGUGCUGAGGCUUCUUCGACGGUGAAUUCUCUUGGUGUGGUUUUCCUGCCAUAAAUUGAGAACUGAAUUUCGCUUCAACCUUUUCGGGGAACUGUACCUGCCUCUUCUGUCGUCUCCCAAAGACAAGGACCAGACUCCCCCACCCAAACUACACCUCCAGCUCAACUCCCCGAGUGGGAGACAACAGCAGCCACCAUGGUGCUGUCCCAGAGACAAAGAGAUGAACUAAACCGUGCUAUAGCCGACUAUCUCCGUUCUAAUGGAUACGAGGAAGCUUAUUCCACCUUCAAGAAAGAGGCGGAGUUGGAUAUGAACGAAGAUGUAGAUAAAAAGUAUGCUGGGCUUUUGGAAAAAAAAUGGACCUCUGUCAUUAGAUUACAGAAAAAGGUGAUGGAGUUGGAGUCAAAACUGAACGAGGCCAAAGAAGAGAUGACACAUGGAGGACCUGUCGGACAGAAGCGUGACCCAAAGGAGUGGAUUCCUCGUCCUCCCGUGAAGUACGCCCUGUGUGGUCACCGAGCUCCAGUCACACGAGUCAUAUUCCAUCCAGUCUUCUCCGUCAUGGUCACCGCCUCGGAGGAUGCUACGAUUAAGGUCUGGGACUAUGAAGCAGGAGACUACGAGCGGACCCUCAAGGGCCACACCGAUUCAGUGCAGGACAUCUCCUUCGACCAGACAGGGAAGCUGCUGGCUUCGUGUUCGGCUGACAUGAGCAUCAAGCUCUGGGAUUUCCAGGGUUUCGAGUGCAUCCGGACCAUGCAUGGCCACGACCACAACGUGUCCUCGGUUGCUAUCAUGCCAAACGGAGACCACAUAGUGUCAGCAUCCAGAGACAAGACCAUCAAGAUGUGGGAGGUGGCCACUGGGUACUGUGUGAAGACGUUCACGGGUCACAGGGAGUGGGUGAGGAUGGUCCGUCCCAACCAGGACGGCUCCUUGAUUGCCAGCUGCUCCAACGAUCAAACGGUCCGUGUCUGGGUGGUGGCCUCCAAAGAGUGUAAAGCUGAGCUGCGGGAGCACGAGCACGUGGUUGAAUGUAUCGCUUGGGCACCUGACAGCGCCCACCCCACCAUCCUGGAGGCCACGGGCUCAGAGAACAAGAAGAGCGGCAAGCCCGGCCCCUUCCUCCUCUCUGGAUCCAGGGAUAAAACCAUUAAGAUAUGGGACGUCAGCAUCGGCAUCUGCCUUAUGACUCUGGUGGGCCAUGACAACUGGGUGCGUGGGGUGAUGGUGCACCCCGGAGGAAAGUUUGUGGUGAGCUGCGCCGACGACAAAACCCUGCGGAUCUGGGACUACAAGAACAAACGCUGCAUGAAGACGCUGGCUGCUCAUGAACACUUUGUUACCUCUCUGGAUUUCCACAAGUCUGCGCCCUACGUGGUGACUGGCAGCGUGGACCAGACAGUCAAAGUGUGGGAGUGCCGCUGAGGCCGCGGCCCGUCUCCCGCCCCGUCCUGCUUCCCUCCUGCGUCCAAAAGCAAAGCUCCAACUCUCCCUCCUGGACCCCCAGCCUCUUCUAAUGUCCUGCUGCCCGGCUCUUCAUCUCUCCGAACCAUAGUUGGUGCUUCACCUCCCCACCUCCCCUCCUCCCACCGCAGUCCGGCCCUAUUGAGAUGACUAUUGUCCUUUUAUGUAAAUUAUUCUGGAUGUAGGGUACGCUUAAUAAAUGUCACGCGACCUCUGACACAUAAACACAAACGAUACGACGUAUACCUUGCAUGGUGAAACAAGAAACGCCCUUCAUUUUGCCGAAUCUGCAUACUGUUGUCAUGACUUGUAGUCAGGUGCGAGGGGUUCAUUCCGGUUAAGUGACCAGCGGCGGCCCUCCGUGAGCUUCUUUUCUCUUCUGCGAACUCCGUCUCUGCGUGGAUGAAGGUGUGAGGAAGGUGUUCUGAAGUAGGAUGAGUGGAGAGAAGGCCAUCACUAGGUUCUGUGGGUGAGUGCGUGUGUGUACAUUUCCGUCUGUGUGUGGUGCAUUUGGUGGCAGGACGCCCUCUCUCUCCGAGGUCGGAGCCUCACACUUCAUUCAUGCUACUUGGUCUCUUGAACUUGCUUUCUAGUGGACACUCACAGGACCUUAAUGACCCCGACGCUGCUGAGAGCACAGGCACACACACCCCCACCCCCUCACAGAGUGUGUUUACGAAGCCUCGUCGAUGGAGCGUGUGUGUGUGUGUGUGUGUGUGUGUGUUGCCCAAAGAGUUGCCCGGUGCCCUCUUGCUCGCUAUCUGCCUUGUUGACCCACUGAGGGCUCCCUCACGGGAUUUUCAUUCUGCUUUUUGUGGUUCCACGCUCUUGACACACACGCAGAUACACACACUCUCAAAUGCACAUACACGCACAGUCAAAGUUGUGUAUCAAUAUAUCUGGAUGUCAUUGUUUGCAACAUAAUGAAAUAAACUUCUGUAAAUAUAGCGGCCUGG